AUGGGGGUUGUUGUGGAAAGUGCUGCUAAAGGGCUGGUGGCUCUUGGUCGUAGUGAGCUCCGGAAGGAGGACAAGAGGAGGGCAGCUGAGAAGGCGGCCAAUGCCAAGAAGAGAAAGCUUGACGAGAUUGGGAGGGAGCCCGCUGGGCCUGCUAUGCAGCAGACCAACAUUGUCCAGGCCUUCACAAAGCAGGACAAUGAGCGGGUUCAUUCUGCUGUGGCUCAGUUCUUCUAUGCUAAUGAGAUUGCCUUCAAUGUUGCAAGGAGUCCUUACUUCAAGAAGAUAAUCUCUGCUGUCAACACAGCUGCGGGCCGGUAUCAGCCGCCAUGUUUCAACACUCUGAGGGGCCGUCUGCUAGAGCAGGAAGUUGAGAGAGUGCAAGAGCGGUUGCGGCCCAUUGUUGAUUCAAUCGAGGUGACCGGGUCCACGCUGACAAGUGACGGGUGGUCCAGUGCUCAGAACAGGCCUUUGCUAAAUUUUCUCCUGGUCACUCCCAAGGGGAAUGUCUUCUUGAAGGCUGAGGACACCUCAGGCAAGGCCAAGACGGCAGCGUACAUUGCGGAUACUUGGCUGGAGUGUAUGGAGGAGGCGGGGGCGGAGAGAGUUCAGCAGGUCGUCAGCGACAGCGCCGCCAACUGUAAGGCAGCCGGAGCAAUCAUCGAGUCCCGCGUUCCCCACGUCACCUGGACUCCCUGCACUGGCCACUGCUUGGACCUUGCGCUGGAGGACAUCGGCGACCUGGAUUGGGCUAAAGACGUCGUGCGACAGGGCAAGGAGGUGGUGCACUUCAUCACCAACCACCACAAGUCCCAGCAUAUCUACCGAGUCCAUGCUGUGGCUGCUGUCGGCUCGCCGGGGCUGCAGCUCCUGAAGCCCGGGGAAACACGGUUUGGGACCAACUUCAUCAUGUUGGAAAGGAUGUUGAAGGUGCGGGACGCCCUCGAGGAAGUCGUCGUGGACCGGGACUGGAAGGCUUGGAUGGACGGUGGCUCCGCUGCCUUGAGGAAUGCUGGAGCUGAAAUUCAAAGCACGGUCGUCUCCACUUCCUUCUGGAGGAAGGUCCAGGAGUUGGUGGACAUCUGCUGGCGCAUCGUGGCGCUCAUGAAGCAGGUGGACGCCGGGACGCCCAUGGUGGGCAAGGUCUACUGGAGAAUGCACGAGAUACUCCUGAAGCUGGACGACAUCGACGCACCGGCAUCCCACUGCAACCGGGCAAAGCACAUCGUGCGCGAGCGCUGGGACAUGCUGCACUUGCGCAUGCAUGCGGCUGGCUUCGUCCUCGACCCCGAGUUCUAG